CGGCGCCGGCAACUUCGCGAUGGAGUUCGUGCGCGCGCUGUGGCUGGGCCUGGCGCUGGCGCUGGGGUCCGGGCCGGGGCCCGCUGGGGGCCACCCGCCGCCGUGCGGCGUCUCGACGCGCCUGGGAGGCUCCGUGCGCCUGGGCGCCCUCCUGCCCCGCGCGCCCCCCGCCCGCGCCCGCGCCCGCGCCGCCCUGGCGGGGGCCGCCCUGGCGCACAACCUGAGCCUGGAGCCGGUGGCCGCCGCGCCCCGCGCCCGCGACCCCGCCUCGCUGGCCCGAGGCCUGUGCCGGGCGCUGGCGGCUCCGGGCGUGUCCGCCCUGCUGGCCUUUCCCGAGGCGCGGCCCGAGCUGCUGCAGCUCCACUUCCUGGCGGCCGCCACCGAGACCCCCGUGCUCAGCGUGCUGCGGCGGGAGGCGCGCGCGGCCCUCGGGGCCCCGAACCCAUUCCACCUGCAGCUGCACUGGGCCAGCCCCCCGGAGACGCUGCUGGACGUGCUGGUGGCAGUGCUGCGGGCGCAGGCCUGGGAGGACGUCGGCCUAGCCCUUUGCGGCACCCGGGACCCCGGCGGCCUGGUGGCCCUCUGGACGAGCCGGGCCGGCCGCGCCCCACAGCUGGUCCUGGACCUAAGCCAGCAGGACGCCGGAGAUGCAGGGCUGCGGGCACGCCUGGCCCCGAUGGGGGCACCCGUGGGGGGUGAAGCCCCGGUCCCCGUGGGGGUCCUCCUUGGCUGUGAUGUUGCCCGUGCCCGUCGGGUGCUGGAGGCUGUACCUCCCGGCCCCCACUGGCUGCUGGGGACGCCACUGCCACCCAAGGCCCUGCCCACUGCGGGGCUGCCACCGGGACUGCUGGCGCUGGGCGAGGUGGCACGACCCCCGCUGGAGGCCGCCAUCCAUGACGCUGUGCAGCUGUUGGCCCGGGCGCUGGGCAGUGCCGCACAGGUGCAGCCGGAGCGUGCCCUCCUCCCCGCCGCGGUCAACUGUGGGGAUCCGCAGCCGGCCGGGCGCUUCUUGGCACGGUUCCUGGCCAACACGUCCUUCCAGGGCCGCACGGGCCCCGUGUGGGUGACAGACAGCUCCCAGGUCCACGUGUCUCGGCACUUCAAGGUGUGGAGCCUGCGCCGGGACUCACAGGGUGCCCCCGCCUGGGCCACAGUGGGCAGCUGGCGGGACGGCCGGCUGGACUUGGAACCGGGGGGGGCCGUGGCGAGGCCCCCACCCCCGCCAGGCACCCAGGCCCGGCCCAAGCUUCGUGUGGUGACGCUGGUGGAGCACCCAUUCGUGUUUGCCCGUGAUCCCGACGAAGACGGGCAGUGCCCUGCGGGGCAGCUGUGCCUGGACCCCGGCACCAACGACUCGGCCACCCUGGACGCGCUGUUCGCCGCACUGGCCAACGGCUCGGUGCCCCGUGCCCCGCGCAAGUGCUGCUACGGGUACUGCAUCGACCUGCUGGAGCAGCUGGCGGAGGACACGCCCUUCGACUUCCAGCUGUACAUCGUGGGUGACGGCAAGUACGGGGCCCUGCGUGACGGCCGCUGGACGGGCCUGGUCGGGGACCUGCUGGCCGGCCGGGCUCACAUGGCAGUCACCAGCUUCAGCAUCAACUCUGCCCGCUCCCAGGUGGUGGACUUCACCAGCCCCUUCUUCUCCACCAGCCUGGGCAUCAUGGUGCGGGCGCGAGACACGGCCUCGCCCAUCGGCGCCUUCAUGUGGCCACUGCACUGGUCCAUGUGGCUGGGCGUGUUCGCCGCCCUGCACCUGACCGCGCUCUUCCUCACUCUGUACGAGUGGCGAAGUCCCUACGGGCUCACGCCGCGCGGCCGGAACCGCAGCACGGUCUUCUCUUACUCCUCGGCCCUCAACCUCUGCUACGCCAUCCUCUUCGGGCGCACCGUGUCCAGCAAGACGCCCAAGUGCCCCACGGGCCGCCUACUCAUGAACCUCUGGGCCAUCUUCUGCCUGCUGGUGCUGUCCAGCUACACGGCCAACCUGGCCGCCGUCAUGGUCGGGGACAAGACCUUCCUGGAGCUGUCUGGGAUCCAUGACCCAAAGCUGCACCAUCCGGCGCAGGACUUCCGCUUCGGCACCGUCUGGGAGAGCAGCGCCGAGGCGUACAUCAAGAAGAGCUUCCCCGAGAUGCACGCGCACAUGCGGCGCCACAGUGCGCCCACAACGCCCCACGGCGUCGCCAUGCUCACGAGCGACCCCCCCAAACUCAACGCCUUCAUCAUGGACAAGUCGCUCCUGGACUACGAGGUCUCCAUCGAUGCAGACUGCAAGCUGCUGACUGUGGGCAAGCCCUUCGCCAUCGAGGACCCUGCAGAUGAGCAUCUACCACUUCUCGGGCCUCUUCGUGCUGCUGUGCCUGGGCCUGGGCAGCGCCCUGCUCAGCUCCCUGGGCGAGCACGCCUUCUACCACCUGGCGCUGCCUCGCAUCCGCAGGGGGAGACGGCUGCAGUACUGGCUACACACCAGCCAGAAAAUCCACCGCGCCCUCAACACGGAGCCGCCAGAGGGGUCGAAGGAGGAGACGGCGGAGGCGGAGCCCAGGUAAGUGGUACCGCGACCCAGGACGGCCCAGGCGCACCCCGGCAGGUCGCCCUGGAGCCGGCCGCGGGGUGCAGGAGGGGGUUCGCGGAGGCCCCGCCCACCCUCGGACAGCUCUGUGCGCACGGCAGCUGCCUGGUUGUGCCUUUCGGGCACCCUCUCCCCGCAGUGGGCUCUACAGAGAUCCAGGGCGCGAGACGGCUGCCCCCGUGGGCAGUGACCAGGCCGGUUCGGUCCCCAGCGGCCCCGAGGCGGAGCAGCAGCAGCAACAGGACCCGCCCGCUGCUCCGGAGGGCUGGAAACAGGCGCGCCGGGCCAUGGACAAGGGGCGCCGCGUGCGCUUCCUGCUGGAGCCUGCCGUGGUUACGGCGCCCGACCCGGACGCGGAGGCGGAGGCUGCGCCGCCGGAGUGCCCCGGCUGGCUGUGCUCCAACGGCCGCCCGUCAGCCGCCAAGCCCACGGGGCCCCCCCGGCCCGGGGAGCUGCAGGAGCUGGAGCGCCGCAUUGAGAGCGCGCGGGAGCGGCUCCGCCAGGCCCUGGUGCGGCGCGGCGAGCUGCUGGCACAGCUCGGGGACAGCGCGUGCCACCGGCCUCUGCGCCUGCUUCGGGCAAGGGCGGCCCCUGCGGAGGCGCCACCGCACCUGGACUGAUGGCGUUGCCGGGAAUGAGGUGGCCGCGGGGAGUCUUGGGGAUCAAGACACACGGUGCACUGGGCCGCUGUCAACAGUUUAUUCUAUAUACAAACACAAUUUUGUACACUGCAAUUAAAUAGAAUGGAAUGAG